ACAAGCUCUUCCAAAUUUAUCGUUGCUGUUUACAUUUUUAGUGUCAAUAAAUAAAACAAAAUGUCCGCUCACAGUCUUACGGAGCAGCAGGAACGACAGUUCCGCCAAAUGUUCGAGAUGUUUGACAAGGACGGUAACGGUUCAAUCACAACCUCGGAGCUAGGUAUGGUCGUGCGGGCAUUAGGCAUGAAUCCUUCAAUGGCGGAGAUCGAGCAGAUGAUUCACGAGGUCGAUCUGGAUGGAAGCGGGACGAUUGAAUUGAACGAAUUUCUCAUGUUGAUGGCCCGUAAGUCUCGGGAAAGUUCAUCGGAUGAAGAGUUACUGGAUGCCUUCAAGAUAUUCGAUAAAGACGGAGACGGAUUUCUGACCGUCGAUGAGCUGUCGGCUGUAAUGAAGAACUUUGGAGAGCGUCUGACGGAUGACGAGUUGGCGGAUCUGCUAGAAGAAGCGGAUAUAGACGGAGACGGGAAGAUCAACUAUGAGGAAUUUGUGAUCAUGUUGACUAAGUGAUUGGUGAGGGGAACGUCGGGUA